UUUCUCCCACACAGGCCUCAGUGUGACUACACCACGACGUUCCACACCAAGCCUUGGAUGUAUUUUGUGCAGUUCCACAACUUGUUCGUCAUCAUGUGCCACAUGAUGGCCAUGUGGCUGACCGUCUCCCUGGCCGUGUUCCGGUACAUCUUCGUCUGCAAGCACCAGCUGGCCACCGUCAUGUGCUCCAUGAGGCGUGCCAAGAUCACCGUCCUCAUCGUCUUCAUCGGGACGAUCGUCUCGUGUAUACCCUACUUUUUUAUGUACCGUGUCAAAGAUAUCAACGACAUCGUCGACGAACGGGAGUGCUACUGGGUCGUGACAUCAGACUUCGCGAACGCCCACCCCAUCUACGUCAACUUUGUCCACUGGCUGUUCGGAGUCAUCAUCAAGAUCCUCCCCUGCGUCCUGCUUUCGUACCUCUCCAUCCUGUUGAUCAUUGCCAUGCAGCAGGCGAAGAAGCGACGGGAGCACCUGCUUAACAAUAUCUUCCCGGUGAUCGACCACUACAGCUCCAACGAGCACAACCGCGCCACAAUGAUGCUGGUGGCCGUGGUGAUGUGCUUCAUCAUCACAGAGAUCCCGCAGGGGAUUCUCGCGUGGAUCUGCGCCGUAGACAAUAACUUCUUCCAUAAUGUCUACAUACACCUUGGCGACCUUAUGGACAUCCUGGUGCUCAUCAACAGCGCCGUGAACUUCAUCCUCUACUGCAGCAUGUCCCAGCAGUUCCGCGACACCUUCAAGAGCCUGUUCGUCUCCAAGAACCUUCCGCCUUUUUUUCACCGCGUCAAGCAUCACCCCAACGGGGGCGACUACAGCAUGGUGCACACAGAAACAACUCCUGUAUAA